GAGUCGUUGGAGAAGCGAGGAGCCCAGGGGCAAGAUGAUGCUCUCCCGGGCCAAGCCGGCCGUGGGGGGCGCCCCGCCGCAGGGUGACAAACGGAAGAAGAAAGGCAAGAAAGUCCCGCAGCUGGAGGAGCUGCUGGCCCAGAGGGACUUCACCGGCGCCAUCGCCCUGCUGGAGUUUAAACGGCAUGUGGGGGAACAAGAUGAGGACACCGACCUCUGGAUUGGAUACUGUGCCUUUUACCUGGGGGACUACAAGAGAGCAUUGGAGAUGCAUAUGUAAACCAGCUGGAAUGAGCAAAAUAGAUGUUCUCAUAUCCAGGGAGAACCUAGAAAACAGAAGCAG